GGGUUGGAUUUAUAUUUCGUGGCGGUCGGCUGCUCUGCCUUUUGUUUUCCAUUCAUCUGCUUCUUCUAUCGACCAGUUCUCAUCUGUAUCGGUCGUUGCUUGGAAGUCCAGUUUAUCACCACUACUUUCGUCUACACAGAGGUCUUAACCAUGGCUCGCCGGUCUAUCGCGACAGCCUUAAAGUACCUCGACAAACCAGCCGGAGUCGCUGACUCCAAAAAGAAGAAGUUGACUGGUCUCGCCCUCUACGCCAAAUACUACACCAGAUUCUUUCCAUACGUGUGGCCAUAUAAUGACCGACGUCUGCAAGUCAACGCCGCGCUAUGUUUACUGAUAAUGCUCAUCUCUCGGGCCGUCAACAUCCUCAUGCCGUACCAGCUCGGCCGCGUGACAGACAUCCUCUCCACAUACGAGCAAGCCAACGGGGGAAAUAUAGCCGAGAAAUCAGCGUCAGCUAUCCCAUGGACCCAGAUCACUCUAUAUCUCGCCCUGCGCUACGUGCAGGGCCACGGCUCCAUCCUGGGUUUCUACGAGAAGCAGCUAUGGACCAAGAUUUCCCAAGCAUCCAUGCGCUCGCUUGCUUUACUAGGAUUUGGCCACGCUCUUGAGCUCGGUGUCGACUACCACCUCACCCACGGCCCCAGCGACAUCAUCACCACUCUCGAGCGACACCAGGCCAUCUUGGGAUUCGUCGAGAAAAUCACGUUCCAAAUGAUCCCGCUCGCCAUCGACAUCGUUCUGGCGGUCGGAUACUUUCUUGUCGCAUUUGAUCGAUACUACGCCACAAUCGUGAUCUGCAUCGCUACAACCUACGUAUGGGCCAGCACUCGACUUUCAAAGUCUCGCGGAGAGCAAAAGCGAAAGUUCUACGGAGCGUAUGCGCAAGAAUACACCAUCAAGCACGACGCAAUCUCAGCUUUCGAGACCGUGAAGUACUUCAACGCGAACCAGUACGAGCAAGACAGAUAUCGCGAGGCAAUCGACAAUGUCCAGAAGAUUAGUAUCAAGUAUCAGGCCAGUAAUCACCUGCUUGGGCUUAUGCAAAACACGAUCUUCACCCUCGUCUUGCUGUUUUCUUGCUUCUUUUCGGCUUACAAGGUCAUCACCGGCGAGAUCAAAGUUGGAUCGUUCGUGAUGCUGUUGACAUACAUGAAGCAACUCCAGCAUCCUCUUGAUCAGCUGACGAAUUUCCUGAAGUCGACGCAGGACAACCUCGUCAGUGCUGAGAAGCUCAUUCAGAUGCUCGAGACUGUGCCUACCGUUGUUGAUUCUCCUAAUGCAAAGAAACUAGAAGUCAAGAAGGGCGAGAUUGUGUUUGACAACGUUUCAUUUAAGUACCCCGGUGCUUCUACGCCAGUUGCCACAAACCCCACCGAUACCAGCAGCGACGACGAUUGCAAGAAGCAGCAGUCCCCACAGCUCGUCAAGGCUAUCACCGACUUUAGUCUUACUUGCCCUGCUGGUUCUACGAUUGCGUUUGUAGGCGAGUCUGGCGGCGGCAAGAGUACGCUCUUCCGCCUGCUCUUCCGAUUCUACGACGUCGCUUCGGGAAAGAUCACGAUCGACGGACAGGAUAUCCGUGAUGUUCAGCUUUCGUCGUUAGCUUCCGCAAUCGGUGUCGUCCCCCAGGAGUGCUCGCUUUUCAACGAUACAAUUAUGUACAACCUGCGAUACGCAAAGCAGGACGCGACUGACGAGGAAAUCUACGCCGCGGCGCGGGCUGCUUCCAUUCACGACAAAAUCAUGCGGUUCCCGGAAGGUUACGACACCGUCGUUGGCGAGCGAGGAUUACGACUCAGCGGAGGCGAAAAGCAGCGAAUUGCAAUCGCCCGCGCGAUCUUGAAAGAUCCACCGAUUCUACUACUCGAUGAAGCGACCGCGAUGCUGGACAUCGAGUCCGAGCGACACAUCCAGCGCGCGAUCCGCGAGCUCAGCAAGAACCGGACUACGCUCGUGAUUGCGCACAGGCUUAGCACAAUCAUCUCCGCGGACGUCAUUGUGGUCGUGCAUGAUGGCCAGAUCGUCGAGUAUGGAUCGCACAGGCAGCUAGUAGCCGCUCGCGGCGCGUAUUUCAACAUGUGGAAGAAGCAGGUCGCGCCGAUGUUUGCGGACCAAGCAAAGGGGGAAAACGAAGACGAGAUAAUCGAGAGCAUGAUUGAUCACCGACCGGUGCUCAACUCGAGAAAGGGGGCGGGUGUUGUGAAUCCUGCGGUGCCGGAGGAGAAGAAAGCGAGCGAGAAGAGGAAAAAUUCGGUGUUUAUUAAUGAUUUGGAUAUCUGAGUGUCAAUAGCAAGAACGGUGGAGGACAGAAUGCAUGGAUUGGGAUUGAACGGGACGGGUUGGACGCAUUGUUAUUGGUUGGAUUUAUAUAUUUACUUGUUUAAAAAUUAGGCACAGACGUGUCUACAUGAAGGCUGAAGGUUUCUAACGACUGCAUCAUUGGUUUGAAGUGUUACAUGCGCAUAUUUUUAAUCAUGACU